CGUUGUAUGCCAAAGCUGUUUGGGAUAUUUUAGUCGGAAUUAUCUGAAGCGACACAGAAAAAUGUGCAAAUUGCGAACCGAUCAAUCUUUAACAGCACGAGAACAUCACUUGUCAUCAGCACAAAUGUUUGCAAUGUGUACGGGUCCUAACUGUAAUUUCUAUGAAUCCCUAAGAUUAAAAAAUGAGGUUUUUCCGAUAAUGAGAAGUGAUGAUAUUUCUAAAGCGGCAAUGGGAGACGUGCUCAUAUGCAGUUAUGCCGAAAGCCUUUUAAGAAAACAUAGAAGGCCUCAAAUAAAAAAUGUAAUAUCGAACAAAAUGCGAGAAUUAGGCCGUCUUUUAUUAACACUGAGAGAAGCAAGUGGAUGUCAAAUCCUUCUUGACACAUUAAAGCCAGAAAUGUUUGACCACUUUGUUGCAGCAACAAAAAUAAUAAGUGGUUAUAAUGAAGAAACACAAAGCUUUAAGGCAAGUAGCUUAGCGCUGCAUAUGGGCACAACUCUAAAACAAAUUUGCGAUAUGGCCACCAAACUUCUCAUUAAAAAGACCAAAUUACUACCGUAUGAAGAUUCGGAAAAAUGCCUAAAAGAAAUUAAACGUUUAAAAAAUUUAUUCGAAAACCAUUGGAGUUCAAAGAUAUCUAGUUUAGCAUUAAAAAACCUAAAUGAAAAUAAAUAUGAAAAACCAAAGUUAAUGCCACUUACCACUGAUAUUAUGAAAUUCAACAACUACGUAUCAAGGCAAGCCAGAGAAGCUAGAGAUAAGUUAAUGGGUACAACUCAUCCAAAAGCAAAUUUUAGAUUAUUGUCAGAAUGUAUUUUAGCGUUAACGCUGUUAUUAAACAGAAAAAGAAUUGGAGAAGUGCAGUUCUUAAAAGUAGAAAAUUAUAUCGAUGUAUCUAUGCAAAAUGUUCAAGAAGAAUUUUUACAGGCCCUUUCUGAAUCUGAGAAAAUACUAACGAAAAGCUUCAAACGAGUAGUGACCUUAGGAAAAGGCAGCAAACCUAUUCCACUUUUAUUUUCAACAACUAUUCAAGAAUUAAUAAAUGUUUUGUUGGCCAAAAGAAAUGUCUAUAUAUCACAAAAAAAUCCAUACCUUUUCGCGAAUCCAAAUACUACUGACAAAUACCUUAGUGGCUAUCAUACUAUAAAAAAAUUGGCAGAAAAUUCAGAAGUAUCUAAUACUACGCUAUUUACAUCAACACGACUUCGGAAACAGAUAGCUACUGUCCUGCAAGUUCUGAAUAUCACUGAAUCUGAAUUUGAACAGUUUGCGAGAUUUAUGGGCCAUACCAAAAAAACACAUGCAACUUACUACCGGCUUUCACAAGACGUAUAUGAAACUGCUAAAAUUUCUAAAAUGUUGCUAACAAUAAAUAGCGGUAAAACUCAAAAAUAUCAGGGAAAAACUUUAGAAGAUAUUGAAAUAUCCGAUGCUAUCGAAACUGAUUCCGAUACUGAAACUGAAGAGAAAGAUGCUGGUGAAGAAAGUAGUAAGUCUUCUAGAUUGCCAUCAAAAGAAAUUAUAUUAGAAGAAAAUUAUACCGAUGCAUCUGAUGAUUCUGCGGCGCGACCCAGUCGUGUACAUCCAAAGGCUCUCCAUUCAAAUGCAUACAAAGCAGUGUGCCGCGACCCGGCUGCCACCGCCGGGUCGCGACUGCACGGCAGCGACUGCCAGGAUCGGAAUGCCACCUUAAGAGCGCUAUUCCCGGCGCGACCAACUGAGAAUCCGCUUUUAAGGUAG